AUGGUGGUUACCCGCAGCCAGGGUGAAGCUGCAGAAGUGGAGGACCGGAGCCAGGAGACAGAGCGUGUGCGGCAAGAACGAAUGCGGCGGCUGGUGCUGGACCCGCUGGCAUCGCCGUCUGACGCACGCUUGACGUCAGCCAUAGACACAAUGGAGAUCCCGCCGCAACCGCGACGGCAUUCGCCAGCGAGAUCCGCUAGAUCGGUGCGGUCGUCGGCGAGUACGGCGCGGCGGAUUAAGGCGGCGGAAUUAGAAGCGGCAGAGCGACUCGCCGCUAUCCAGAGAAAAGAACUACAAAUUGAGAAAGAACUAAUAAAUAAACGCUUACAGUUCGAGGUGUCCGCCAUACAGGAAGACGAGGGCCUGCCGGAAGAUACCGUCACCGCGACAGAAGAACGAAACAAGGUAGACGAGUGGCUCCAGUCACAUCCUGUGCCGAAGGAUGACAGACACCAGCGAUCCGAACUAAGAAGAGGAAGAUCGCCGACGCCGACCAGACGAACAGGAAUAGAGCACCUGGCGGCGUCCCUAGAGAAGAUGGCGCGACCGCGCCUACGCCACGCGGACCUUCCGAUAUUUUCAGGUGCGAUUGAAGAGUGGCUGCCGUUCCGAGCAGCCUACCGGGACACAAGCAGCAUGUACCAAGUGUCCGACGCAGAAAACAUCCAGCGGCUGCGUACCUGCCUGAAGGGGGAAGCAAGGGACGCCGUGGCAGCGCUGCUUCACACUGCUUCAUCACCUGAAGCAGUCAUGAAAACUUUGGAGCAGUGCUUCGGGAGGCCCGAGAUAAUAAUCGACAGGGCCAUGGAAGACCUAAGGAAGCUGCCGCGACCUGGAGCAGCGGCCAAGGACAUCAACUGCUUCGCGGUAAAAGUGCAAAACGUGGUGUGUAUACUUCAAACCAUAGACAGGAAGGGAUAUUUGUACAAUCCUAUGCUAGCACGGGAGAUAUUGGACAAACUUAGUCCGCACCUGCGGUCUAGGUGGUGUGAUUAUGCUUUUGCACAGGAAGGCACAGCGGAUCCAGAGAUCGUGGUACUGUCCCGCUUCCUCAUGAGAGAGGCGGACCUGGCGCUUCGCUACACCUACGCGCCUACGAGCAGCACUGCGCCAGCGCGCAGAGACACCACGGCAGCAGCAGCAGCAGCAGCAGCAGCAGCAGCAGCGCGACCUGCUCCAACGAAAAGGAAGUCUGCAGUAUACACCAUGGUCUCCGGUGAAGAGAAGGAAGAAGAGAAGAAAGAAGAGAAGAAAGAAGACUUCUGUCUGUGCUGCGGGCGCGACCACGCUAUGGUUGCCUGCCCGCGCUACGCCAAGCUGUCGGUGAAUGAGCGGUGGGCGCUGGUCAGGGAAAAGGGCGCCUGCUUCAAGUGCGCCACGAAGAGACAUCGGCGCAGCUACUGUCGAGCGAAACCAUGCGGCGUGAACCAGUGCCGCCGCCCGCAUCAUUCAUCACUGCACGACGUAAGAAGAGAAGAGCCUGCUGCGUCGACCGAAGAAACCGUCAUGGCGGUUGCUGACCGCGCAACCGCACCGCCCCGCGCCGUCCUGCUGAAGAUGUGUCCAGUCACCGUCGUCGGCCCACGGGGGGAGGUAUCGACGCACGCACUGCUCGAUGAGGGCUCCACCAUCACCCUCAUUGAUGAGGACCUGGCGCAACAGAUCGGCGCCGAAGGUCCCGCCACGCCGCUCCGCAUCCACGGGGCGAACAUGGAGCAGAUUGAAGAAGGAAGUCGGCUGGUGACGGUGCAGCUGCGGGGGCAGAGCGACGGGACACUACACGACCUGCGCGCCCGCACGAUGAAGAAGCUGCAGUUGCAUCAGCAGUCCAUCCCGGGAUCCCUGCUUCGGUACAGACAUCUGCACGACAUACCGGAACGUGAGGUAUGUUACGAACAAGCACGCGCGGGUGUCCUGGUGGGUACCGACCACUGGGAGCAUAUCGUCACAAGAGAACUCCGGACGGGCGGCGCCGACGAACCUGCCGCCUCCAAGACAAGUCUCGGCUGGGUGAUACAUGGAACAACGCCGCGUCGAAUGAUCGUCGAGAGAGACUGCGUGCUUCACGUCCGAGAACAACAAGCGGAACAGCGGCUGCACGACCUGGUGGCAGAGCACUUCAAGAUCGAAUCAUUGAACGUAGCCAGCAGACCGCGCAUUAGUGAAGCCGACCGACGAGCGACAUCCAUCGUCGAGACGACUACGAAAAAGACGCCGGGCGGGUACGAGAUCGGCCUGCCGUGGAAGAGGGAUAACGUCCGCAUGCCGCCAAGCUACAACGCCGCGCUGCGGAGACUUCUGAAGAUUGAAGCAAAAAUGGACGCCGCGCCGGAAUUCGCAGCCGAGUACACCAAGCAGAUGAACAACUUAUUCGAGAAAAGGUAUGCGGUUCCGUGCGAUGGCAGUGAAGGCGAGAGCAGCGUGUGCUGGUACCUGCCGCAUUUUGCUGUGACCAAUCCCAACAAACCAGAAAAGCAGCGAUUGGUCUUUGAUGCGGCAGCCAAAAGCCACGGGACUUGUUUAAAUGAUGAACUACUUGAGGGCCCAGACUUGCUACUAUCACUGCCAGGUAUAUUAUUUCGAUUCAGGGAAAAGGCAGUGGCAGUCACAGCAGAUAUAGAGGAGAUGUUCUUACAAGUGAAAAUAAGACCCGAAGACCAGCCAGCGCAGCAGUUUUUAUGGAGGGGAAGCCGACGCGACACGCCGCCACAGCACUAUAAGAUGACGUCCAUGAUAUUCGGCGCAGCGAGCUCUCCAUUUAUGGCGCAUUACAUCCGUAAUCAUAAUGCGCAGCAGCACGCAGAACAGUAUCCAAUGGCGCUGGAAGCGAUAACGACGAGUCACUACAUGGACGAUCUGGUGGUGAGCUACGCCGACGCAGAGGAAGCCAGACAAGCGAUCGAAGAAAUACGGACAGUGCACGCAGCGGCAGGCUUCAAGCUACGAGGAUGGAACGCCAACGACAGGAGCGUGCUGAGGGACGUGCCACGAGAACUACACGCCAGCACACCAACGCAGCUGGGAGGAGCGCAGCCAGCCCCGAAGAUCCUCGGGCUAAUUUGGGACGCCGAGCAAGACGCGCUAGGAUUUAACACAGCAAUGAACAGGGUACCGGUGGAGGUGCGAGAUCGCAAGCGCCCGCCAACCAAGCGCGAAGCAUUAAGUGCAGUAAUGUCAAUUUAUGACCCACUAGGCCUCUUAAGUUAUUUCACCAUCCGUGCUAAAAUCAUAUUACAGAGCCUGUGGCGCCUCCAGAUUUCGUGGGAUGAGCCGAUACCUGAAGAAGAGGGCGAGCAUUUUGCGGGCUGGCUGGCGCAGCUGGAAGCAGUCGGCGCGCUACGUUUGCCGCGAUGCUACGCAACGGACAACGUCGAAGACAUCGAGCUGCACGUGCUAUGCGACGCCAGUGAACAAGCGUAUGCAGCCGUGGCGUACUGGCGUAUGCGGCGAACGGACGGCAGCGUGCAAGUGAAACUCGUCUCGGCGAAAGCGAAGGUGGCACCACGACGCGCGCAGACGAUCCCGCGCCUAGAACUACAAGCGGCGGUGAUCGGUGCAAGACUCGCUGAUCAGAUAAGAAGAGAGCACAGGUAUGAAAUAUCUCGUACUUGGUUUUGGACAGACUCAUCGACGGUGGUGCACUGGGUGCGCAACGAUGCAAAGAGAUACACGCCGUUCGUCGCGCAUCGCCUCGGUGAGAUUGGAGAACUAACACAAAGGGAAGAGUGGCGGUGGCUGCCGACUCAUGAAAACGUUGCCGACGACGCCACCCGCCUAAGUUUCACCACAGGACAUGAUCGAUGGUUCCAGGGUCCAGAAUUCCUGACAAAGACGGAGGACCAGUGGCUCACGGAGAAGGAACUUCGAGAAACUACGGACGAGGCUGAUGUACUGCAUGUAAGCGAGCUGCCACGGAAGAUGGAAUGGCUGCCGGAUCCAGAGCGCUUCUCCAAAUUCCGCACACUGGUGGGAGCAACAGCAAGGGUGCUCGCAUUCAUUGACAUACACAUCAGACACACGGCGACGAGACUAGUAUGUCGCCACCUGGAACAAGCCGAACGACUGUUGGUGCAGCGCGCACGGAACGACAGCUUUGGGGAAGACAUAAAGCGAAUCAAGGACGCGCGCCCCAUCAGCAGAUCCAGUAGACUGUACAAAUUGGACCCAGUAAUGGAAGACGGCGUGCUGAGAGUAAGGGGCCACAUAAACGCAGCCACAGCACCCGACACGGUAAAGAAGCCGGUGAUCCUCGACGGCCGGCACAGAAUAACCAGACUAAUAGUGUUACAGGAACAUUGUGCCGCCGGACACGCCAACCGCGAGCGUGUCACCAACGAUCUGAGGCAGCGCUACUGGGUCAUCCACCUGCGGCCCACAGUGCGCGCCAUAGAGAAGAACUGCGCGCUGUGCCGAGUACGCCGAGCGAUGCCGCAGGUCCCAGCCAAAGGGGACUUGCCACGCACCCGUUCCACCGACCCUUCACCAACUGCGGGGUCGACCACUUCUGGCACCGAUGGAUCAAGGAGUACCUACCGACGCUCGUGCCACGGGGGGAGGCGCGAAAGGACACGCGACGCCUCGAGGAAGGUGACGUGGUCAUCAUCGUGGACCACGUCUUGCCGCGCAACACAUGGCCCAUGGGGGUCGUGGUGCGCGUUCACGCCGGGCCGGACGACGCUGUGCGGGUAG